AGCCGUUGUUUAAUGAAUAGAUUUCUUGGAACAGACACUAGCGUCCUGAAGGCCUUAGGAGUUCGUAGGACAUCCAAUAGCACUUGGCCUCAGUCAGAGAAGUAAUCAUGGCUCAGAAACCUAAACUUUACUAUUUCAAUGGAAGAGGCAAAAUGGAGUCAAUCAGAUGGCUGUUGGGUGCAGCAGGUGUAGAGUUUGAUGAGGAAUUUUUGGAAACAAAGGAACAAUAUAACAAGUUGAUUGAAGAUGGAUCUUUGCUGUUUCAGCAGGUCCCAAUGGUGGAAAUGGAUGGGAUGAAGAUUGUACAGUCUCGAGCCAUUUUGAAUUACAUUGCUGCAAAGUACAACCUGUAUGGAAAGGACAUAAAAGACAGAUUGUUUAUUGACAUGUAUGUAGAAGGGGCCACAGACCUCAUGCUUGCAGUAAUUCCUCUGCCAUUUCAGCAGGGAGAUGCUAAAGCAAAGCAAAUAGACCUGAUUAAAAAUAGAGCAGUAAAUCGAUACUUUCCUGUUUAUGAAAAGGCUUUGGAAGGUCAAGAUUUCUUGGUUGGGAAGCAGCUAAGUAUUGCAGAUGUACAACUACUGGAAGCCAUUUUAAUGGUGGAAGAGGUCCACAAUGAUGUUCUAUCUCACUUCCCUCGACUGCAGGCUUUCAAAACACGAACAAGUGAGAUCCCAACAAUUAAGAAAUUCUUGCAACCUGGAAGUAAAAGAAAGCCUAUUCCUGAUGAAAAAUAUGUAGCAACUGUGAACAAAAUUCUUUAUUCUUAAAUAUGUUUAUCUUUUUUAAGCUUUGUUUAGUUUUUGUUUAGUUUUUUUCUCUCACUUCUUCAUCACAUGCUUGAAAGAUCAGGUUUCAGGUAUAUAUAUAUAUAUGGAGGCCUAAUGUCGCUGUUUGUUUCUGGACCCGUUUAUUUUCUUCUACUAUUCAGUUUUUUACAUUCCCUAAUUAUGCUUUACUUUGACUUUCUGAAUGCAGGUUGUUUCCUCAAAUUUACAAUAAAAUUUAAAAAAAAAUG